AUUAUAUACUUUUAUUUUGACAACGUACUUUUCCGGCAGCUUCGUAUUUCGUUUCAAUUGGCACAAUUGGCAGAAAUGGCAACGCGUCUCGGCUGAAACUCGAUUAAUCAAAACAACCGCGUUAAAGGACUUUAGUGUGUUCAACAUCCCCGUGUGAGAAACUUUAAAACCGUAAUCUGCACGCAGAGUGCGUCAUAGACGUAAAACUCCCUGCUGGUUGCGCAGCUUCUCCUCUUUUUUUUCAUUAGUGUGCUCUGAUAUUGUGCUUUUGUUGUUUGUCCGGAUCCACCUUUAGCCUUGUUCAAUAUGCGAUUCGUUUCUAAUGACAAAUGUGCGAGCUCUGAAGUUUAAUCUAUAAAAAGCUUUCAUGCGUUUUCCGCUGGACUUGAAGAACUUUUGACAGCUGCAGGAGGUCUGAUCUGACCUCCCUUCAAAAAAGGACGACGGCAUGGCCUGGUUGGUGCGUGAUUAGUGUCAUCGGUCCACUGAGAGGUUAUUGUCCUCAGAUUCUGCAGCUAAAACCCGUCCCGAGAAGUAGUUGAAGAUGGGUGUGACCCUGGAUGGACUGUUUAAUCAGAACGACAGCUAUGAAUAUGAUGCCAACUAUGAGUAUAAAGACAAUGUUGAGGAGACGGGCAGCCAGUCGCUGUGGAUCCCGGUUCUGUUCUCUGUGGUGUUCGUUGUAGGCCUGCUGGGGAACGUGCUGGUCCUGGCAGCUUUGGCUCAAAGGAGGCAUUUAUGGACCAUAUCAGACACCUUUAUUCUCCACCUGGGUGUGACAGACAUACUGCUGCUGGUGAUGCUGCCUUUCUGGGCUGCACAGACAACUCAACAUUGUGGAUGGUGCUAUGGGAUUUUCUGCAAGCUCCUUCCGGCCGUUUUUAAUUUCAACUUCUGUUGUGGAAUAUUUUUGCUGGUUUGCAUCAGUCUGGAUCACUAUCUGUCCACCAGCCAUGCAGUCCGGCUGUACUCCCAGACUGUGCCCAGUUUAGUUCAUGUGAGCUGCUUUGCGGUGUGGCUCAUCUCCCUGCUUUUCACUAUCCCUGACUGGAUUUUCAUUGGGCAUAAGGAAGACCAAGCAGAGACACCACAGUGUAGUCACAACUACCCCGAGUCUAAAAUUGACUGGCAUCUGUUUUCACGUCUCUUCCACCACAUACUUUGUUUUUUGCUCCCUACAGCCACCCUCAUCAUGUGCUGGUCCUUCAUUGUGCUGCAGCACAGCUCUAAAGGCCUUUUCAGGCAGAGGCGCAUCAUGGUCAUCCUGCCUGUGGUGGUGGUGUUCCUUCUCUGCUGGAUGCCUUACAACAUUACCCUGUUUGUGGACACUUUCCAUAACUACUCCAAAGAACGACAGAACAAAUCUGGAAAUCCUGAAGGUUCAUUGAAAAAAGCUCUACUAGUUACCUCAGCUCUGGGCUGCAUUCAUGCCUGCCUCAGACCUCUGCUGUAUCUAAUACUUAACGAAAAAUUCAGGAAGCAGAUACUGAGCCUGCUAAGAUGUACUACAUUGCAAAUCAAGGGCUCGAUGUGGGAGUUGGGUGUUGGCGAAGAAGCCCCACAUGACCAGGCCCAGUCAGAGGAACUGAGAAGGAUGACAGAGGAUCAUGUCCAGUCAGUGCAGUCACGAUGAAUGGACAAAAAAACACCAGUUUCUCAGAAGUGACCUAAAGAUGCUCCCUGCAUGAGGCAAGUUUGGUGUGAACUAAUGCAAUGUGUUUUCUGAGUGGAGUACUAGAAACUUCGACAUGAGAAGUGAAUAUUAAAAAAAAAAAAACAUUUUGCUUGAUGUGAAAUUGUCAGAGCAAUGUCAUGGUGAUGUGUACUGCUGCAUUGUUUCUUCAUUUGAUAUAUAGAAAUCUUUAUUUUUUUAUUAUUAUUUUUGUUAUUCUAAAUAAAGUAAGCCUAUUCCAAUAUUUUUAUACGAAGCCCAGUAACAACCAACACUGCAUGUUCAAGCUAGCACCAUUAUUUUUUACUUUUGCUGUUGAUUCUUGUAUCAAACAGUAACACACACUUUAUAACCUCACUGCUGAUAGCAUAAAAUAAACAGUUUCUCUUUUCA